UUAAUAAUCUUGAAUAUUAUUGCGAGUCUUAAAUGUUGAAUUACACGUUAAACUGGCUCGAAUCCCGAGGGUGUCUGAAACAUAUCAUUAUUCUUCCUUAUGCCCUCUUACAUACAUUUAUUCUUGCUCUACUUCUCAUCAUCUUCCCAGAGCAGUAGCGUUCCCUAGGUAAGGAUGAAGACAACUAACUGCAACUCAGUGGCAGAAAACCAGCUUGUUUCUAGGCAAAAGGCUCAUGAUCAUGGUGAUGAUUUUGAAGAGCCCAAGAUACAACUAAGAGAGAUUGUAGUGAAAAAAGCAGAUAGUGGUAGCCACACGGUUAAUGCAUCCAGGCAUGAAGAACCUUUGAGUCCAGUAGCAUGCCUCACUUUGGAGUCAUCUUUAGAUAGUUACAUUUUGACCAUUGUGGGAUUCAAGAAAGAAAUCGAUGUCAAGUCUUUCAAAACAUUACUACGAAAUAAUCUGGCGAAGCACCAAAGAUUUUCAAGCGUUGUGGUGAAGGACAAGCACAACAAUCUGAAAUGGUGUCUGAGAGAAUUGGUAAUAGAGGAUCACGUGAUUGUUCCAUGUUUAAAUCUCUCCACUGUAGAGAAUCCCAACUUCAUAAAUGAGUAUACAAGCUCUCUAGUGACUGCUCCUCCUCUUGACCCACGCAGGCCUCUGUGGGAAGUCCAUGUGUUGAAUGUUUCUUCUGCAGAUGCAGCGGCCAGCCUUGUAUUCAGAAUCCAUCAUUCAUUAGGAGAUUGUGUCUCUAUGCUUUCUCUCAUACUAUAUUCCACAAGCAAAGCUGCUCAUCCUAAAGCAUUACCCACCAUCCCACAAAAUAAAGCAUCGAGAUCCACAGGCUUUCUACAAAUUGCUUACAAUGUGGUUUUAGGGCUUUGGCUCACAUUCCUGAGUUUGCUCAACUAUGGGGCCACUCUGCUGUGGAAGCGGGACAAAACUUUAUGGAGAGAAGAGAACAGGGAAAAAAUCGGUCCAAAGCGUCUGGCUCAUAUCACGUUUAGCAUUGAAGAUAUUUGCCUGGUCAGAAAGGCAAUAAAUGGGACUUUGAACGAUGUCAUUAUGGGAGCACUUUCUGCUGGAUUAGUGCGUUAUAUGAGCAGGCGAGGAUACGAUAAAAAUGUCUCAGUACCACAAAAGAUGGCUACAAGUAACGAUCAAAAUACAAGGGCAGAACAGCGUCUUCCAUCAAACAUAAGACUUCGAGCAAUGGUUGCAGUAAAUAUGAGGCCGUUUAGGAUGCUCAAAGAUCUGGAUGAAAACAUGCAAAGUCCAUCGAAAGCUAUGUGGGGUAAUAAAAUAGCUUUCUGGAUGUUUCCGCUUCCGAUGUUGCUCUAUGGAGAUCCCCUUCAAUACUGCCGUGUUACAGCAAUGGUGUCCAGGCUGAAGAAGCUGUCUUUCGAGGCACCACUGACAUACAUUAUAGCCAAACACAUGCCAACUAAGUUGGUGGCGUACGUUUCCAGUAAAUUAGCUGCCAGCACUACAUUGGGCUUCUCCAAUGUGAUGGGGCCAGUUGAAGAGAUCCAAUAUGGUGAUAAUCCCGUUACUCACAUUAUUCCUACCGCUCACGUUAAUUACGCUUCCAUAGUGAUACAUUUCAUCAGCUACGCUGGGAAAGGAAAGCUGGUUGCAUUAGUGUCAGAAGAAUUAAUUCCUGAUCCACAGCAGCUUUGCCAGGAUUGUGCAGACGCCCUUCAACUUAUGAAACGAGCAGCAUGUGUAACUCCAGUACAAUCUUCUUGAAUGGAGUUUUUAAUGUCCACCAAUAAAGAUAAAGACACAGUAUUUUCAAUAAAGAUGCGUACUACAGAUCUUUUUAAGUUCUGAUAGUAUUAAUUUGCAUUGACUCCAGUUAGAUGACCAUUUCAGGAAGUCUUAAUUUGCAUCGACUACAGCAUUCUGACAUGCAAGUAUCAAUCAAGGGCAUUCUGAGCAAUAAAAGAUUUUAUAGGUGAUUUCUCGUUAAGGCAAUCAAACAUUUUCUAUAAUAGAAUAAUAAUACUUUUGUAAAGAAUAAUAUUGGACUAUUUAGUAAUUCCUUCAUGUUUUUUUUA